AUGGAUUUAAAGUUCUGCCUAAAAGAAAGCCAUUAAGGUUAACCAGUAUCUUUUAUUCUAAAAUAAAAUAAUCAUUGGACUUUAUGUUGUGGAAUUUGUUAAUAUGAAUCCGAUCUCCCAAAAAAAUCAUUCAAAGCUAUAAAAGAUCUAGAAAAAAUAAACAAAGAAACAAUAACAGUUAUUAACUCAUCAGAAAUCAUAAAUUAAUUAUAGAACUCAUUAAAGUUAGUAAAAGAUUGGCAAACAAAGUUUGAGAACUACUUAGUGGAAGUAAAAAACUUAUUUUUACAAAAAAUAAACUACUACAAUUCCUUAAUAGAAACUCUAAAUGAAAAAAUAGAGUUCUUUAUCUUAAAUGAUGAUAAACUACAGGAAGUUCUGAAUUGUAGUGAAAAAAUAAACUUCCUUAUAAUAAAAUAGGCUGAUGAACUAAAAAACUUGGAAAUGGAUUUGAAGAAUGCAUAUGAAAUUUUAAAACAAAGCUCAAUAUCUGAAUUAGUAGGAGAUGAUAUAAAAAUAAACUUAGUAGAAGUGAAUCAAAAGGAUAAUAAAGAAAAUAUUUAAUCAAAUUCUAUCAUAAAGGAAUAAUCAAGAUCUAAUGAUUCCAAAGAAAAAAUCAUAAAAAAUUCUGGGGAUAAAUUAGAAACCCCACAAGGUAGAAAGUAAUUAUUUUAUUCUAUUAACUUAGAAAUUCGAAUAUCUAAGAUUAAGUAUAAUAAUUAGAAUUUGGAAAAUUGUAAAUAAAUGAAAAUGAGUAUUAUGAAGGUCAGUUAUAAAAAGGAAUGAUGCAUGGAGAAGGAAAACUUAUAAAAACAAAUCUAAAUUAUGAAUUUAUGUAAUUAUUAUUAUUUGCCUGUAGUUAUGAAGGUUAAUUUUAAAACAAUUAAAAACAUGGCAGAGGCAAAGAGACAAUAAUAGAAUUCGAUAUUUAAGAUUUGAGUUAAUCCUUUUUUAAGAAGAUGACUAUAUAUAAAUCAGGCAAUUCAAAGAAAACUGAAUUAAUUGGAGAGUUUAAGAAUAAUAAGAAAAUUGAAAUAUUUACUAAGAUUUUAUAUAAUAAUGAUGUUAAAAAGUCAGAAAGGUAAAUAAAUUUUAUUAAAUUAGUUAUUAAUUUUAUGAAAAUGAUGUUUUAAUAGGAGAGGAUUUCUGA